AUGCCUGGAGUGGAGAUCGAUGCUAUCGACGGCGGCGGCUCCGCAACAUCUCUGCCUAUUCUGCGGAGUGUUGUGGAAACCGUCGCUGACGAAUGCCCCAAACGCCUGGGGAUAUCAUCUCAAGAGCUUCAGCAGAAGUCACCUACCGUCGAUGUCUUCUUUGACGCCAUUGCUGCCGAGCGAUUGAGGCGCAUGCCGGCGGACGGCAGCCGCAUUGAUAGUACGCUUCGAAGAGCGUCUCGUUUGGCCUUUGCUGUGGCAUCUCUGCGCGAUGCCGUUACUAGCUUCAUUGAUGGCGCUGAAGAGGCGACCAAGAUGGUCUGGGGAACUACGUUGCUUUUACUGGAGAUGGGUAUCGACAAUGUGGACAUGAUCGAUAACAUCUUCAGUCGCUAUGGCCGCGUCACACUCGGCAUCUCAUUCCUUCUCCAGCAGGAGAGCGAGUUCCAGAGCUCGAGGGCCCUGCAGCAAGAGGUUGCUGAGAUCUUCGCCCACCUUCUCCAGUUGACUGUACACAUUGCAGCAGAGUACCGCCAGGCUGCACGCACUCAGAGCUGGCAGCCCAUGAUCGAGGCCACCAACCACACUUUCUUCAUCUAUUUCAACCGCUUUACUACUCACUGGCGCCGGACGCGGAAGUGGACCUGGAUUGUCCUUAAUUCGAAAUCGGCCAAGAGCCAGUACGCCGACCUGGAGUCUGUUUACCAGUUCCUUGAAUUGCAAGAUCGCCCUUUGCAGAUGCUCCUCGAAAGCCAGACCCACUCGCUUGCUGAAGGGUCGUUUUCGUGGUUUGAACCGCAUCUCACCACAUUCACCGUUGGCCCACGAAGCUUGAUGCUUGUCCGUGGAAACCCCGGCGCUGGAAAGAGUGCACUGUCCCAGUGGGCAAUUGAGCGAUUGCAGCUGUCCCCGGAAUAUGAUGUCUGGAAUACGAUUCCUAUUGUCAUUCGUUCCGAUGUCCCGAUUACGACGCUGACCCUCAGCGUCCUCAAGGGCAUCCUGAUCCAGAUGCUUGACUGCUGCGUAACGAACCGCAAGACCCAAAGUGAUAUCAUUACUGCCAUUAGCAGUGCCCUUGACCAGGCUGAGGUCGGCGCACCUGACCCCGAGGUUGAGGGCCUCCUGUGGGCUGCCGUUCGCACGGCUACGCAGUCUAACCUGCACUUCAUGAUUGUUGUUGACGGCCUGGAUCAAAUAAAGCACGCCAAGAGCACAGUCGGUGCUUUCCUUGGGCUUUUGCAGGACGUCGUUGUCGACACACCAUCUAAGCUAGUUGUCUUCACGCGCCCGAUGACCACGGACCAGAUUCCUAUCAAGGAGACCACUACCACUCACCAGAUCGCGAUGGAUGCGUCUGUUACUGCACAUGAUCUGAGCGCUUGCGUCCGCGACCUGGUGACUUAUGACUCCGCUUUCUCUGGGUUGGGCUCCUCCCAGCGUGAAUCAUUGGUCUCCUCCAUUGCAUCUCGCUCUCAGGGCUGCUUUAUUUGGGCCCAACUGGCUGUUGAGGCAUUGCGUACCCAGCCCACGUAUAAUGAUAUGAACUCAGCAGUCAACCAGAUCCCGGGCAACCUAGGUGGCCUUAUUGAUUUCCACCUGCGCAACACCAACCUCCAGCGGCCUGGCACUGGUAGCCUCCUUUCUUGGCUUACCGUAUCGGAACGCCCGCUUCGCCCUCAAGAGGUUGAGCAACUCCUUGCCGUCGACUCCCAGACUUUUAGGGCUACCGCUCGCUCUGGAAAGCUGGACCGCGAAGUCUUCGAACCGCUCCGACGACUGGUUACACUGCAAGAUGGGUUCGUUGCUUACCGUCACCCCCUGAUCCGCGAGCAUAUUCAGGCAAGGUCGCAAAUGAAACAGGAAGUUUCUUUUAGCCUACCAGAUGCCCACCAUGACCUCCUGGUUCGCUCCCUGGGAUGGGUCCGCCGGAACCUGACAGACGAGGUCCAUAUUUCUUGGGAUAAGAUGCCUGUCCUUGCACGAGACCGCUAUCUUGAUGCCCAUAUCCUGUUGGAGUAUGCCGCUCGCUACUGGCUAUCCCACAUGCUCUCGUCGACCAUGGCUUCGGGGGAUAAACUCUCCUACACAACAGGUUUCAAACAGGCCAUGCCUGACUCAAUUCUGUUUGCCCAGCUCGAGCUCACCAACAAGGAGUCUGAAUUCAGCCGAUCUAGUAUCGUCGAGCUGUACCGCCUCGCCGUAGCAGUGCGCCGUCACGUCCUCGGCCCUGACUCUCCUGCUGUCUUGCAGGGUCUCAUCUUGAGUGCUCGCGCUGCAGACCGUUCUCAUGCACCCUGGGCUAACGACCACCUCUACGAGGCGUGGACCCGCAGCCGCACCCGCCUGGGCCCGACUGAUAAGAUCACUCGCGACCUUGAGCAGCUCCUCGUUGCCACCCCUGAAGGUGCCGGCCGAGCGCAAGGUGCAGCUGGCCUCAAGACAGACGCGCUCCGCGGUAUGACACUGGACGGCUGGGAUUCGUCCGACAUUAGCUUUGCGCAGCGCCUUCAGUACCUCGACCGACUUGUCGGGACUUACCGCGAGGAAAACAAAUCCGAUGAAGCUUAUGCUGUUUCCAAGCAGUUCUACGGGCAGACCGUCAAGUCGUACGGGCCUUAUUCGUCGGAAACUUUGGCCGCUGCUGAAUACCUCAGCAACAACUUCAACAUCGCUCCUCCGGAUGACAUGGCCUUGGAACUUGCUCGCACCAAGUACGAGACCAUGGUCCGCUCUAUGGAUGUUUCGGAUCCCCGCCGCGUGGCCUACUCCCUUGCCCUCGCUAAGAUGUACGAGGAAUACUCCAAGCCUAACAAGGCCGAGGAGGUUCUGUCCAGACUGUGGCUGAGUCUGUCCACUCCGGAUAGAGAGAACAGGACUCCAUGGGAUCAAAAGACCAAGGUUGUUUUCUACUACACCAAGUUCCUCGAGCGCCAGCGUCGCCCUGACGAGGCUGCUGUUCUCCUCCGCCAACUGUCCGCCGAGCUGGAGGCAGAUGGUGGCGUCAGAUCUGCAGAGAUGGCCGAACGCGCGCAGCAGUUGCGCGGGGAGGCUCGCGAGAUGCAAAUCUACGACAUGGAUCGUGCUCUCGGAAUCCAACUGUGGAAGUACUACAAGACCAACAACAAGCAGUACCAUUCCGAUGCCGUCGGCCUAGCUCAGACUCUUACUCGGGCAGCUAUCCCAGGCGAGGGACAUGCCGGUGAUGCUAUGGGUAACCUCUCCCUGGAAGAAAGCAAGAUGCUUCCCGAGUGGCUUGAUAGCAUAGCCUACGCAACAACCGGCGAAAAGCGCCUGCGUCUUCCCUUGCUUCAGCUGUGCCACCAGCUUUCGCGUCAGCACAUGCGUGAUGAGCAAUGGCGCCAGGGCAGCGACUGUGCCUGUGCAGUCCUCAAGCAUGCCUGGCCUACCUUUGAAGACCCUACUUCCAAGGCGAAGUUCACGGAGGAGGAAGCUCCUAUGAUGGCGAAUCUGGCCCAGGACCACGCUUACUGCCUUUUCCGCCGCUUGGAUGUCCCCACCGCGAGCAUCGUCUACGGCAAUGCCUUCAAGGCUGCCAUCACCGCGGACCAGGUCGCAGUGCCCUCAGUCACCGCUGUUGUCAAGACCGUGGUGGACUUUUACGAAAGCACUUACCAGUUUGACAAGGCUCUUGUGUUGCUUCGCCAGGUCAGCGAGUUCUUUGGCUCCCGUCUUGGUGAGAACGACAAGCACACGCUUGACAGCCGGUACUACGAGGGUGACCUUGCUCUCCGCUUGGAGCGCCGCUCCGAAGCCGAAAACAGCUACCGCCACAUCUACCGCGCUUGUAUCCGAGAUGGCAAGAUCUCGUCCAACGGAGUGCGUGCCGCUGUAGCUCUCCUAGGUCUCUACGAGCAGGACCAGCAGUGGGACUCAGCUCUUGAGGUGUACCGCCACUUGUGGCCUACGCUCGUGCGCUUUGACGAGAAGGAUGGCUAUGACCGCGCUCUCCUUGAGGGUCUCCUACCUAAGACCUACACUGGUUACAUGGCGCUCCUGACGCACUCCUCUGUCAGGGCUGGAUAUGCCGAGCGCCAGCAGCUUGCAUCGGAACACCAGCAGCUCUGCCGUAAAUUGUACGGGCCGACUCACCCUCGAACCCGUGACGCCACUCUUUUGUUGGCCGGGCUUUCAUCCGAGAGCGACCGUCACACGGGCGAGGCCCUUCACUUGUACCAGCAGGUGCUGAACACACAUGAUUGGGUUCCGCAGUCUGACGUCUCGCGCUCGCUGCCAGAGAUGAAGGAUCCUCUUACCAUUGAUAUCAAGCACCGCAUGGCACAGUUGUACCUGCGACAGAACCUGGCUACCCCCGAGGCGCGCAGACUCUACCAGGAGGAACUGGCACUUUCCAAGCAACACCAGGGCUUGUCAGCUCCCACGACACUGCUGUGGCUGCGCGAAAUUGCUCGGAUGCACGCCCACAGCGGCUCUGCUACCUCGCGUCAGCAAGGCGCCCAGAUCCUCGGCGACCACGUUGACGAGGUCGUGCGUGUGACUGCGAACCAGGGAACCUUGGUUGACCGUGGUCACAAGCUGGCUGAGAUCUACCUGGAAGCCGGAUACAUUGAUGAAGGCUAUGCGCUGAUCAGUGAAUUCCACCAGAAGGUCAUCCAGGAGACACCAGCUGCCCACCGCCAGGCAUUGAAUGAGCACCGCCCCGCUGUCUUUGUUGCUGCGUUCGAGGAAGUCUUUGGCAAACGCCAGUCUUCGCGGGAGAUCCUUGACGAGCUGUCUCGCGAGGGACAGAUCUACAGCAACUUCCAGCAGAGCCUGCUUAGCCACGACCUCAUGCCGACAUUGGCAAAUGGCGAAAAGCUCAGCCGGCUCCAAGCCCAGCAGAGGCACACCACGGCCGCUAAGAACACCGACGACCAGCUGUACCAGUACUUCUGCAACACUCUGUCUGUGGCACGACCGGCGCGCUCCAAGGACAUUGUUCAUGUCUUCUAUAGCUUGUGCCGACGCCAGAGCGUCAAUGACGACUACACUAUCAGCAUCGUCACUGAGACCACCGGGCUUGUUCGCGACCUCUGCAACUCGUCCCGUUUUGAUGAUGCAGCCAUUGUCACGGGCGUGUUCCACUCGUGGGCCCAUUUGACUGACAGCCUGCGAACGCCGGAGACUAUCUUCACUUCUAUUAAGCUCUGUCUGUAUUUGAGCGGAUACCAGACUACGAAGUGCUCGGAUGAGGCCACAGCCAAGAGAAUGGCCGUUGAGUCCGAGCUCCUCCUCCAGAGCGUCAUGAAGAACGCCAAAGAAAUCCCAUUGGAAUUCUCCGAGCUGCCAUUUGCGGAGCUCAACGACCUCAUCACCGUUCUUGGUGAGCACGAGAUGUUUGAAGACCUCGAGGCCAUACUUACCGAACUUUGGACCUCCCGCAUGAUCCAAAGGACCUGGUCUCUGUCCGCCGUUGUCUGGAUCGGCCGACGCCUCGUCGAGACCCGUUUCUGCCGCGGCCGUGUCAACGCAGCCACCCAGCUAGGCAAGGACAUCUGCUACAACCUCCGACAAGUCUGGGGCAACUGUGAUCCUGUCACCCUUGAGAUCAACAAGUUGCUUUCCGGCCUGUACACCGCGUCCGGGAACUACCUCGCCGCCGCCGCACUGCACGAGACUGCCCUCGCCGAGCUUCUCAACAGCGAGGAACACUCCCAGGGCGGCGCCGUCGACGCAGUAACGCAGCACCUCGAGCUGCUCCAGCACGCGCAGAUGCGCCUGGCAAAGGAGGGCCAGAGCGCAGCCAUCGACGCGGCGACCGCGCAGGAGCGCGUGCACCAAGUCGCGACCAAGUUCGGACUUCCUGUUGAGCGGCUGGAGGUUGCGACGGCCAGCGACGACGCGGGCAUGUGGCAGAAGCCCCGCCGGUUCAGCCUGGAUAUGGGCGAUGCGGAGAAGCAUGAGAACCACCUGCGCCAGUCGAGCGGGUCUGCGCUGCUGACCGGAAAUGCGGGCGCAAAGCGGGUUUCCAUCACUGCCCUGUAA